UUUUACAACCAUGUAAAUAUUCUGAUACUCUCCCAAUAUGAUCAGUGAUAUGUUGUACAUUAUGUUUCUGUUUCAAGUAUCAGCAUAAUGUGUGGAUAUUGAUACUGGGUCUUUAUGGUUGACUAACUACAAACCAUGCGUGACUGCACAGAAGCACUGUACAGUAGUGAGUCUGUUCUAGCCUGUCCCUUUGUAUGAAAGCACUUGCUUUCAGCUGGCACCACAUUGUCAAUUGUUGUAUUUGUGAUCAAUAUUCCUGGGAGCAUGGUGAUGGUUGUCAGUCUCAUAUCUGUGGACAUUCUGGAUGUGUCUGGAGGAGUUUUGUGCAUGCAGUGGAAUAACUAGCGCCAAGUGAGCCUUGAUAUGGUGUAUAAUACCUCAAGGGGUUACAAGGGGGUACAAAUGGCUGACAACUCUGAAGAGCAGUUGUACAUGGAUUAUGUGGUCAUUCCAGACGGGAUGCAGGAUGAGGAUCAGGGUGCAUUGAUCGGUAUUGAUGACCAGGAUGAUUCCACCUUCACCAUUACCUGCGACCAGAAAACCUUCCAUUUCCAAGCUCAACAUGCUGACGAGAGGGUGCAGUGGGUCAAUGCACUGGAGGAAACAAUUCUCAAACAUUCACAGCCUGCCAGGUUUGGUAACAAGUCACGCCCCCGACCCAAACCAACAGUCCAGGAUUUCGACAGGAAACUUGCCGAGUCAGACGCCUACCUCCAGAUCCUCAUCGACCAAGUCUGUGCGUUUGAGGCACGGAUUGAAAAACUAGAAGACGAGGCGGAGAAACAGAAAUAUGAACAACUCAGGGCUCAGGCCAAGGCUAUGAUUGAGUCUGUCAAGCAGGCCAUAGUGUUAUUACAACUAGCCAAGUCCACCAUUAAAUGGCCUGUGAAGGCACCCAAAAACACAGUCAACCCAGUGAAUGGCCUAGUAGCCAAUGAAAUAGACACAACUCACCAUGACAACGCUACAGAUGAGCCGCUUGACAACCAAGUGCCUUUAGAAACACAAGUUGUCACCCAGGAGGUGGAGCCCACGCAGCCAUCUCCCACCAGCAUUGAGUCAGCUACUGAGUGCUUCGAGGAGAACAAUGUUCUUGAACCGUCCACAUCCCCGCAUCCCACUCCUGUGAUUCCAAGGACCGAGCACAUCCCAGCGUUGUCCUACUCAAGCAGUGACGAUGAGGACUUCUAUGAUGCGGACGAGUUCCCGGACUUAGACUUGGGACCUCAAGGAAGGCCUCCAAUCGAAGACGAAGAAGAGGAAGAGGUCGUACAACCCCGCAUGCACCCGUCCAACAUGUACGAGGAGGAAUCAGAUGAAGAACAACUAGACUGUGAAGGCCACGGUAGCGUCAUCUCCCACCUACUAUCUCAGGUCCGUCUUGGUAUGGACCUGACUAAAGUCGUCCUACCCACCUUUAUCCUGGAGAGACGCUCCUUGCUGGAGAUGUACGCCGACUUUCUAGCCCACCCGGAUAUAUUUGCCACCAUCUCAGACUUGGAAAGUCCCAAGGAUCGCAUCGUGCAAGUGGUCAAGUGGUUCAUGACGGCAUUCCAUGCAGCACGCAACAGCUCAAUAGCUAAGAAGCCUUAUAAUCCCAUCCUGGGAGAGACCAUGCGAUGCUGGUGGGAUCUAGGAACACAGAAUGGCAAGAUUGACGUCAAUGAGGAACAAGUGACGGAAGGGCCGGUUCCCUGGGCAACCAAAGACCAAGUCACAUUUAUAGCUGAACAGGUAUCCCAUCAUCCUCCAAUUUCAGCAUUCUACGCAGAACACGUUAACAAACAGAUGUCCAUCAAUGCCCAUAUAUGGACCAAGUCCAAGUUUCUUGGUCUGUCGAUAGGUGUCGAGAACGUUGGACAAGCCUGUGUCUCUGACCUCAAACAUGACGAGGAGUACAUCAUGACCUUCCCUAAUGGCUACGGCCGAUCCAUCCUGACUAUCCCUUGGUUUGAGAUGGGAGGCAAGUGUAUCAUCAGCUGUGCGAAGACAGGAUUUACUGGCACCGUCACCUUCCUCACCAAGCCCUUCUAUGGAGGCAAACGUAACCGCGUCACAGCAGAGAUUACGCAUGUGUCGGAUCGUAAGCCAUUCAUGACCAUAACAGGAGAAUGGAACGGUGUCUUGAUGGCCAAGUAUGCUAAUGGGCAAACGGAGGUUUUCGCAGACACCACAACAAUGAAAGCCGACAAGAAGAGGAUCAUGCCCACUGAGAAACAAGGAGAGUAUGAAUCUAAAAAAUUGUGGAAAGGCGUAACUCACUACCUCAAGACCAAGAACAUUGACAAGGCCACGGAAUGCAAACACUUCCUCGAGCAGAGACAGCGACAAGAAGCCAAGGACAGGAAAGAGACGGGAGAAAAAUGGCAAACAAAGUACUUCCAUGAAGAUGGCGAAUGCUGGAUAUUUGACAAUCCACUCGAGAAACGCAUCAAGGCAGCUCAGGAGGAGGCUUCCCGUAAACAACAACAACAACAACAGCAACAACAACAAAAACAAGAAAAAGAAGAAGAAGAAGAACAACAACCACCUGCCCCACAGCCAACCAACGCUGCAAUCACGAACUCUCACAUACCGGGCGUCCAGGGCGACGGACCAGCUAUCAACCAAAUGCCGGCUAAGUCGGCUAAUCAGGAAUUAAUGGAUUUCCUCAGCUGAUGAGGGGGAUAACGCCAUGGCCACCCCACCUGGCCUGUCUAUGCAGGAUUUUCCUUUCAUGCGCCAUCUUGUGAUUUUCUGUUCUCAAGACAAUUUUCAGGAAACAGUAACCGGUAAACGCAAUUUCAACGGAUAGAGAAUACAAUAUAUUAAUCAUGACAAAAGAUCAGGACAGUAGAACGCUGCUUUAACAAACAUUUGGCUUCAACCAAUGUCUCCAUUAGCCCCAAAUGUAUGCACAAGUAUACAAGCACUGCCUAUAAUGAAAUCCACAGCACAAUAUUGUACGGACCCUAGUAUGCUUAUUGUAGUGAGGUCAAACUUUACUGUUCAUCACAACACAAAACUACAGAAAACCACUAAUAUUUCUACCCAGAUAAUGCUACAUGUAGAUUGAAGAACGUUUGCAUCCCUGCAGUCAGUCAUCGAUGACCCAGCAAUUUCAAAAAUUUUCGUCUUUUUCCAAAGAAAUAUCAAUUUCAGGUGUGCAUGGAAUGUACCGCUUGGCCAACCUAACCAAAAUGUCAAAGGUAUUUCUUUGAUUAUACUUUCCAGCCUAUGGCAUGUUUCGUUUCUCUUUAUUUAGUCGUCAUGCCCCAAAUGUGCAAAUUGAAUCCUAAAAGAUAUUUGAUCUUGAUAUGGAUUUUUUAAAGCUUCUGGAUAAGAGCUGUAUGUGGAUUGGCUUAUCUUUUUUGUUACGUGCGUCAAACUGAAAAAGGAUCCAAUCAAAUUCUUUGUUUCAUAAAAGUUGUUAAUCAAUCAAUCAGUGAUUAUUACCUCAGAUAUAUAUAUAUAUAUGAGGGCUUAACAGUAACUCCCCCAUUCCCAAAUUUACAUAUUCAUAGAAAUGGGCAAAAAAAGAAAUAAAAUUGAUAGGGUGGACUUGAACCCAAUUUGUACAAACAGAAAGCAACAUACAGAAGAAAAUGUUAUUUAUUUCAAACAUUUUCACCAGAAACCAAGAUAAGAAUUAAGCAGCGUGAAGAUGAAACUUUAUGCUGCAAUUAAUCACCUCUAGUAUAAACAAUUAAAAAAUGUUUUGUCCAUCAAUCUUCGUAGUAUAAACAUGAUUAUUACGACUCAAAAAAAUGUCACAAUGUCCGCGUUUGUGUAAAACAAAUUUCUACACUGAGUAAUGUUAAGAGCAUCAGUCUGGCACCCUAUUUAGCAAAAUUUCACUGGCGUUGCACUGCUUAUACAAACCCACAUUUACUGGAUUUAAGUUUCCUCAAGAAAUGUGUAAUGUGUACAAUAGUAACGAAUGAUAUAGAAAUAUUAAUAAACCAAUUUAUACAAGA